AUGGUGGAAACAUUGACGCUCAUGCCCAUGGCUCCCGGCACGCGUUCGCGACGAGCGGACGUCCCCCGCCGCCCUGCGCCUGUCCUGCUGCCUAAACAAAAACAGUCGCCCCUGGGGCGCCAGCAGUCACAGCGCCUAACGCGCCCACCACAGCCGCCGCCACAGCAACCGCAGCAGCACCAGCAGCCGCGUCCGUCCCUUUCCACGGCGUCGGCGACCCGAAGCAUCCAAGACAUCCUCAACCAUGCCAAUUCGAUGCGACCCAAGCGGAAGGCAGAGCCUUCCCACGACGGCCCCGACAUGUCCUCCACCGGCAGAACCGAUUUCGACUCGGCCCAGCAGCACAAGCGUCUUCGGCUCUCCGUCGAGAUCGUGUCCAAGCCCGCCCCGACCGUUCCAACCAUCCUUCCAGCACUGCCAGCGCCAGCCACUGCGCUAACCCACCCCAACCUACCGCCGAAAAAGUCGCUGCGCACUGCCCCUUCUUCUGUAACGGCAGCCAACACCACUACCAAUACCGCUACCAGCGCUACUGCUCCCACCAUCAGCACUACCGCCACCCUGGCUGCUCGGCCCAUCUCCGCCAUAGCAGCCUAUUCUUCCUCCACGUCGUCACGAUCAGGCAGCAGCAUAACCCCUGGCCAAGACGUCCGGCUCGCCAUACCCCAUCGCCACAUCGGCAGCCCAUCAUCCAAAACCCCGUCCCAGCUGGCUGCGAAACCCAGGGAGAAGACGGCCAAUGGCUUCAAGCAGGAACUCAAGGGCCUGCAGGUCACCACCGAGGCCGCCGUAGCAGCGGCUACAGGCCCACCAGUAGGUGGCCGCAAGCUGCGCUCGCAGCAGGCCACACGCUUCAAGAGUGACCUCUCUGCUUAUUUCCCCGAGUACGAUGAAGUCAUCGGCAACGAACCCAAGGAAGAGCUCGAAUCUUACUACCCCACAACAACUGCUACUGCCGGUGCCGUGGUGUAUAGCACGCCUGUCGACUCGCUACCAAGUGGGAGCGAUGUCGAUGCAGUGCCUGUUGUCCAUGGAUACUCUGAUUCGCUCUUUUAUGAUCUCUUUGACUCACACGUCCUCGAUUUUGGCUUUUUGAGCAACCAGCACAAGGGCAGGAAGACAGAUGACCCACUGCCAGACUCGGUCUUUGAGCCACACCACAAGCGUGCUGAACGUCUUGAGCGCUCCAUUCGCAACUCGGAAAAGGGCCGUGCCCAGCACGAGAAAGACCAGAUUAUCCGCCUGUUGGAGGGCCUGCAGGGCCAUGACUGGCUGCGCACCAUGGGUGUCAGCGGUAUAACGGAGAGCAAGAAGAAGUCCUUUGAGCCAGCGCGGGAGCACUUUAUCAAGGGCUGCCGCACCAUUUUGAAAAAGUUUCGCCUUUGGAGCCUGGAGGAGAAGCGGUUGAAGUUGGAGAAGGAUCGCGCACAUGCAGAAGAAGUCCGCGCCCAGGAGGCGGCAGACGGCGUUCCCCCGCCACGGUAUCGGGGCAGAGGAAAGGGCAAGGCGAAGGCAGCAGCGCGUCAUGUGGUCUCGGCCGUGCCAGAACGGCCAGACGGCCGGCGACGUCGAGAGCGCAGCAGCACAGAUGCCGAAGACGGCGUGCAGGAGGAGGUAGAAAAGGCGGAAAAGGCUGAGAGGGCCGAGAGCCGAGAAGAGGCUGACGCCGAUGCCGAAGAGCCGGUCGACAAUGAUGACCAGUUUGAUUCCAGCGACGCUGACGCGGUGAUUGCCAAACAGCUGCGCGCCGAAGCACUGGCCCGGUCGAGGCUGGCGGCCAAGGUGAAUCUUCCCAGCAAGCGACGCAAAAAGCAGUUGUCGUCGCCGUCGUCGGACUGUCCGGAGCCGGAGCCGGAGCCAGAGCCGGCUGAAGACGUCAUGUCGUUCUUUCACAAGCGCUACCAGCGCGAUGCCGCUCUGAGCCGGGGUCGUCGGAAGGGUCGGACGGUCAUGGCAUGGGGGCAGCCGGUGCCAGAGCCGCUGGAGGCGGAUUUCGAUCUGCCCGGUGAGAUGAUCGACGAUUUGCGGGACGCAAAGGGACCUCUUCCUGCUCGCCGCAGGCGGAAAGGAAAGCAGGAAAGUCCAUAA